AUGGUAACGGCCUGGAAGCCCAGAGGGCCGGGCCGCAGAGGCGGGGAAACCGGUGUCCGCUGCCGCCGCCGCUCCAGCCCGCUCCGCGCCGCCCCCGCCGCGGCCAUGAUGAUCCACGGCUUCCAGAGUAGCCACCGGGACUUCUCCUUCGGGCCCUGGACGCUGACGGCCACCAAGACCCACAUCAUGAAGUCGGCGGAUGUGGAGAAGCUAGCUGAUGAAUUGCACAUGCCAUCCCUCCCCGAAAUGAUGUUUGGAGACAACGUUUUAAGAAUCCAGCAUGGUUCUGGCUUUGGGAUUGAGUUCAAUGCUACAGAUGCUUUAAGAUGUGUGAACAACUACCAAGGAAUGCUUAAAGUGGCCUGUGCGGAGGAGUGGCAGGAGAGCAGGUCGGAGGGUGAGCACUCCAAGGAAGUCAUUAAGCCAUACGAUUGGACCUUUACAACAGACUAUAAGGGAACGUUACUGGGAGAUGCCCUCAAGCUAAAGGUUGUGCCUACGACAGAUCAUAUAGAUACAGAGAAAUUGAAAGCCAGAGAGCAGAUUAAGUUUUUUGAAGAAGUUCUCCUGUUUGAGGAUGAACUUCAUGAUCAUGGAGUGUCAAGUCUAAGUGUGAAAAUUAGAGUCAUGCCUUCCAGCUUUUUCCUGCUAUUGCGGUUUUUCUUGAGAAUUGAUGGAGUACUUAUCAGAAUGAAUGACACGAGACUCUACCAUGAGGCCGACAAGACCUACAUGUUACGAGAAUAUACGUCACGAGAGAGCAGAAUUGCCAAUUUAAUGCAUGUCCCGCCUUCCCUCUUCACGGAACCUAAUGAAAUGUCACAGCAUUUACCGAUCAAGGAGACCGUCUGUGAGAAGCUCCUAUUUCCAGAAAGAAUUGAUCAGAACCCCUCAGAGUCACAAGCAGACGAGCCUGUGGAAUAG